UGCAAAGAUAGAUCAAUUCUAAAAUCUCUGAUGUGUGCAUGUUUCAAAAAGUCUGAGGUUCUUUUGCAGUUUGUGAUAACAAAGCUUCUCAUGAGUCUGCAUGCUUUGCAUUAAUCAGCUUCUUAUAUUGCUUUGUGUUAAUUUGGAUAAUGCUGAUGUAAGUUGCAGAGGGAUCUUUUUCCACCAAUAAAUCCCAAGGUUUUGACCAGAGUUAAGUAAAUAAACCCUGGAGGCAAAUUGUUUGUUACAGUGUAUAUUUUUCCAGUUAACAUGCACUAACAAUAGCAUCAGCUGUCUGCUUUAAAAAUAACAGCAAAAUAUUUAAACUUCCCUGUUGGAAAACACUUAUUUCAAUACAUUGUCCUCAUUUGUUAAACGGGUUACUUAAAGACAUGUUGACAUACAUGCUGACUCUGGGUGAAAACACAUGGGGUGCCCUGUGAUCCUUUUCAAACCUGUUCUGUUCUGAUAAAACGAUCCACAGCUGAAGUCCAGUAAUCUGCUCUGUUUCUGCUCAUUUGAGCACGACACGUCCAAAGUAUGGUAAUGCAACCAUUACUGUGAUGGUCAGGUGUGUUCCUUUUUAAGGCUUGGAUAUGGCCUUGGGCUGCUAAAAUGUUUAGAUCUGGUGCAGAAGGUCCAGAUAAAUAUCCUUGAAGAUUAUUUCUCAGCAGAUUCAACUUAACAAACUACCCAACCAGAGGCAGAAAAGAUCAGGAUGAUGUAGAGCAUCAUUUCUUGAUUUGAUAACCAGUUGAUGAAAUUAGUCCUCCUAACAUGUUUGUGUGAAAGAAACAUUUCAAACAUUCUUUGUCAUUUUAAUGUUUUCCAGUUCAACCAAGUUUCUCCAGUAACUAAAAAUGAUCCAGGCUAUAACAAAAGCCCCUCUGCUGACGACAGAGUUCAUGUCCUGGUCUGUGUGGUGUCUGCCAACACUCCACAGAUUAAAUCAUCAGUUCUGGAGAAGAUGAAAAGCGUCAGAGAAACAGCCAGUGAACUGGGAAUUCCUCAAAUGGCCAUGAUGACCCACAUUGAUGAUGCAUGUGGUGAAAUUGAGAAAGACCUGAAAACUGUGUACAAGAGCAAAUACCUGAGGAAAAAGAUAAAGGACUUCAGUGCAGCAGUGGGAAUCCCCAUCAACUGCAUCUUUCCUGUGAAGAACUACAGUGAAGAAAUCGACUUAAACGAUGACGUUGACUUUCUGGUCCUGAGCGCCUUGAAGAAAAUGGUCGACUUUGGAGACGACUUCAUCGAGAAAAACUGUUGAGAUUUGAAGGAAACACUAAAGGUGGAGGCAUUCAGUUACAUGUAAAAACAGUUAAAGCUUGAAUAUAUGUUGUUUCAGUAAAAUAAAAUAAAAAACACUAAAAUAUUUGUACGCGUUAGGUGGCAGUAUGUGUAAUUUACAUUGCUUUACAACAACUGAUUCGUACAAAAUAAAACUUUGAAGGAUUUCAAAACAAUUCUUUAACAAUCCUGACAUAACAUCAUGAAGCAAUAACAUUUUUAGACGUGAGAGAUAUUUUCAAUUUUCUAACACACUAAGGAUAUUUGAACCAAUAUCAAUGUAGAAAGCAGAGCAGCAAGAUAAAUAACAUAUAUUGUGGAUGUUGGGGAUCAGUUUAAUUUUUGGGUGAUUUGUUCAAAGUUUAUGUUUUCCUGGUAAGGUGUCAUUAAAUAAACUAUUUAUCCUA